AUGGGAGUGAGACGCGUUCAAUCUACGCCAGGGGGAAGUAGGCUGACGAGCUUACCAGAUCCCUUGCUGUUUCAGAUUCUGUCGAAUCUCCGGACCAAGGAUGUCGUUACGACCAGCGUGCUAUCUCCCAGAUGGAGAACCGUCUGGAGGUCCGUCCCGAAUUUCGAUUUGGACAGUAGCGAUUUUGGUCGCGACUACAACGCUCCCGUGAGUUUCAGCGUCACCUUUCUGCGUUUCAACACAGAUUUGUGCUUGCGAAAAUUCUCGUUGAUCUACCAUUGGAUCAAGAAAAACAACCCCGGCGGUGCCAACUUCAAACGGUGGAUCAACACGGCUGUCGACAGGAGAGUUCAACGUAUCCACCUAAUCUCCGGUUGCCCGGUUCUCGAAAGCUUGACUCUCGACAAGAUAUCAUCAGACUAUGGAAAUCCAAUAGUUUUGCGUGUCUACUCUCCGUCUCUCUUGAGCUUCACGCUUCCUGGCUCGAGUGCUGAUUAUGACGAAGCUGUUGCAGUUGAUGCUCCCAGGCUUGAGUGUCUCCGGAUUCGUAAUCACAACGCCGCUGAAAGUUUCAUUAUGAAUCGUUUGGUGUCCCUUGUCACUCUGAAUGUGGAUUCACUGAAUUCAAGAAUCAAAAUGAUCAAACCAGUAGGAAUAUGA